AUUUUCACAGGUAGUGGAAACUGUUGAUAGAGACAGUAAAGAAGAUGAGAUUUAAAAGCUGUUUUUUCUUCCUAGUUACGAUGUGUUCAGGCAAACUCUUUGCAGAAGGUAAACCUUGUGACUUGCCACAUAUAGAAAAUGGGAAGAUUGCCCAGUACUAUUACAGUUUCAAAAGUUAUUAUUUCCCUAUGCGUAAAGACAAAAAGCUUUCCUAUUCCUGUAUGGUUGGUUAUACAACUGAAACUGGGACUCAAGAUGGAAGAAUAACUUGUACAGCAAAAGGAUGGUCUCCAGUGCCACGAUGCUACAGAAAAUGUAGCAAGCCUCUUUUGGAAAAUGGCUUUUUUUAUGACACAGAAAUGUACUUCAAAAUCCAUGAGAAAUUGCAAUACAAAUGUAAUCCAGGCUAUCACACUCCAAGUGGUGGUACUGAAGACACAGUACAGUGUCAGCCAGAAGGAUGGUCCCUCCAGCCACGCUGUACUGAAAAAUUCGAGUCAUGUCAAGUACCCGAGUUACGUCACGGCAGCUACUUCACAGUCCAGAAGGAGCUUCGAGUGAACGAGACGCUGCUGUACCAGUGUGAGGAGGGGUAUCGUACGGCGGGAGGGAAAGCCAAAGAGGCAGCGGCGUGUCUGACGCACGGGUGGUCCCUCACUCCGAACUGCACGAGAGUAACUUGCUCCUCUUUGAGUGCAGUAGCUCAUGGAGGUUUCUAUCCUGUGAAGAAAAUCUAUGAAGAGGGAGAUGUAGUUCACUUCUUCUGUGACAAACAUUAUUCUGUCACUGAAUCUGACUUAAUUCAAUGUUAUUAUUUUGGGUGGCAUCCAGACCCUCCGGUGUGUGAAGAUGUAAAAAAUAAAUGUCCUCCGCCCCCACUUCCUCCUCAUGGCCAUAUCACCACAGUCAGCAGAACAUAUCAUAAUGGAGACAAAGUUCAUAUACAGUGCCAAAGGACCUUUGAAAUAAGAGGAUCUGAGGAAAUCCAGUGUGAAGAAGGAAAAUGGACACCACCCCCUAUUUGUGUUGGAACUAUGGAUAAACAGGAGUCUGAGGCCCCACCAUUUCUCAAGUCAGAUGCAGCAAUAAGGGCAAACAAAACAUAUGGCAAUGAAGAUAUGAAAAUGCAACAAGACUGUACCUCUCCACCUGUGAUUAAAAAUGGUGCUGUUCUUGGUCCAGUAUUGGCAAGUUACAAAAAUGGUUCCUCAGUAGAAUAUGGUUGUCAGCGUUAUCACUUUUUGGAUGGACCUAGGACUGUUUACUGUGAUCAAGGAAACUGGACAGAACAACCAAACUGUUUAGAACCAUGCACGCUUAAUGUAACUGAUAUGGACAGCAACAACAUAAAGUUGAAAUGGAGACAGGAAGAGUUAAUUUUCCUACACGGAGAUCUCGUAGAAUUUGAAUGUAAACAGGGAUAUAAUUUUCUCCACACUAUCAUUCCAUCUCCUGGGAGGACACAGUGUGACCACGGCAGACUGAAAUAUCCAAAAUGCGUUAUGCAAGCUCCUACAGAAAAAUGUGACUCUCCACCAUCUAUUGCAAAUGGAGCUCUUACUCUCCCACCACUGACCCAGUAUGACAGUGGUUCUUCAGUUCAGUAUAGCUGCUCUGACUAUCAUUUCUUGGAAGGAUCUGAGAGAAUCUACUGUUCUGAAGGGCAGUGGACUUUGCCACCAAUUUGUAUAGAGCCAUGUACUUUGUCAAAAACUGAAAUGGAGAAAAAUAAUGUGCUGCUGCAAGGCUUCUAUGCAAAUCAGGUUUACUUUUACCAUGGGGAUUAUGUCGGAUUUUACUGUAAAGAGAACCAUUUUGGAGCAGAAUCUGGUACAACUUUAUUUCAAGUACAGUGUAAGAGAGGACAGCUGACAUAUCCGAGGUGUGUUGAAAGAGGAAAAUAAGGCUGGACUCCAGGAAAGCCUACAGGAAAGUGAGAAAGGAGAGGCUUCUUACUUUGUACAUCUUAACAGCACCCCAUGUCUCCUUUCACAGGUAAGGAGCCCCUAAAGGACAAGGGUUGAGGAACAAGAUAAAGCAGAAAGUAUUAAAAAAAUUCUUUAAGGGAUCUUUAAAACCAUUUAAAACGUAAUAAUAUGCAAAUUUUACCGAGUAGUUAAAAUAUUGUUUUAAAAAUAAUAAUUAAGAAAAAAUAUCUAAUCCAACUACUUUGUAUGAUUUCCUAUGACACUUAAAUAUGGGUAUCCUUAAGGCUCUGCCUGUGAAUGUGUGACUGAAGAAAUGAAGAAAAUUCAGGAAUGUGGACAAUGUUUGCUUUGCACCCAUUUCAGCUGGUUUUAAUAAAAAAAACACUCUAAGGCUUUCUUCUGUAUUUUAUUUUUUUAUGGAGACAAACUCUGUGAAAUCAGUGCAUGAAUGGUGUUCUGUAUGGGUUUCCAAGGUUUUUGCAAGUGUUACAUGAAUAAAUAAAAUAAGA